GGUUUUAGAAUUUCAUCCUAUUUUCUUCCAUGGCUAUCGAUAAUUCAAUAAUUAGGGUUUCCAAUCUACUAAAUCCCUAGAUUUUAAUUCUUCACUAUGUUAUUCGCUAGCUUUGUGCGAUCGAAGCUCGCUUCUCUUCUCCGUCCAUGGCUAGAUGAAGAACCGGAGUUUGAGUUGAAGCUAGGGUUUCGACGAUUGAUCGUCAGUGUGAAGAAUCUCGUUUUUAAUCCGUCAUCUCUCAAUCCGUUUAUUGAGGAUUCCACAAGAUUAGUGUUUGAAAGCGUGAAGGUCGAAGAACUCAGCAUUCGGAUUUCUCCCUGGUCUUUCCCCUCCCUGAUUCUCGAUGCGAGAGGCGUUGACGUAACCGUAACUCCUAGGGAGCCAGUGCAGGAGCGGCGUGCUCCACGAGAUUUUGUGGCGCGAAAAAGAAAGGAACAGAUUGCUGCCUUGGAUCCUGAGGGUGUUUCUUUGCAUGAAAUUAUUGGAAAAAUUCUAGUCAAAGGUUCUUCAGGAAAUUGGUUGACUAAAAUUUUGGCAAAUGUUAUGCUUAGGUCUUGUCAUAUACAAUUUACAGACAUCUACAUACAGCUACAACUUAUUGAUGCAUCACACAAAUUUAUGUUGAAGGUGAAUGAUUUUUCUCUGGAAUCACAGUUUCUUGACCAAAUAUCUCUGUUCAGAGGCUUGGCUGGCUUAUUACUUAUUUCUGGCAAAGAAACUGAAUUGGCUAUUAGUUGCAGUUGCAUAGAAUCUGGACAGAAGGAGAAUGGCCAUGAAAACUUGAUUGCCUCCUUAAUGGGUUUGUCUGUACAUGUCAGACUAAAUGAUCUUCAGCCUUUAAACUAUGUUGUCCAUAUUCCACAUGUCAAUGUCAAAAUUUUACCAUCAACUAUUCCUAAUCUUAUUAUAUUGCUGCAUGUUCUGUCUUUCAAAGAAAUUAGAAAUAGUAGGACUGGCAAGGAGUUGUGGAAAACAGCUGCAGAAAAAACCUGUCCCUGGGUUCUAACUUCUAAACUUUCUCUCCAUGAGGCUGUGAAUAUUGUUUUGCUUUUCUUGCGUUAUAUUCGUGCCUACAAGUUAUUGCUAGCUGCGAUUGGUUAUUAUGACAGCAAGACCUUAGAAGAAAACUUGGCUAUGGUGUCCAAUGACAAUAAGAGGUUGAAACUUGUGAAGCAUAAAUGGGAAUUAGUUUAUGAUCUUGAAGCGAAACUUCCUGCAGAAGUUGUAGCACGUGCACGUCGAAUAGCUCGCCAGAGAGUAUCGUCUCACUUAAACUUGCCUGAUUUGGAAUCAAAAAUUGGUUUUACGACGACUUUACUGUUAAAAAUUGUUGGGUUUCUUUUGCGUUUCUGGAAAAUCAUCCACUUCAUCUUUCUGUCAGUUGUGCAACUUCUUUCGAUGAAGAGUAUCUCCACUGCACGUCAACGAACCCUGCUUGAGGCAGCUUCAAAUAAUUUUAUAUCUGAAUUCCAGUUCAGUCUUAGCUUAGGAGAAGUUUACAUCACUUUAUCGCAUGCAAAUAUUCAUCAUGCUAUUAUUUCUACAAAAAAAAGCAAUAAGGUGUAUCCUCCAGACUUGCAAUUCGCUUCAUUUUGUUUCAUCAUGAAGUUUUUCUGCUUAGACUUUACGGCAGGCACUGCUACAACUUUAUUUUUCGUGGCCCUUGGCGAACUCAAAUUAUGCCUCUCUUUAUCAUCAAAAGAUUCACUUAAGAGGAGCGAUCUGAGAAGUGAGAGGAUGCCAUCUUUCAAAGGAUUGAAACAUGAGGGAGGUGAUGCAUCAGAUGUAAUUCUGUGGGGUGACCCUGCUUGUGUAUAUCAUCCAUCAGAAGGUACUUCUGCUAAUUGUUCAAAUACCUCCAAUGAUGUUUUGGUUUUUAAUUUGGAAAACAGCAUUGGUGAUUUGCAGUCAAGUUGGAUAAAAUUUAGCAGAAAAUAUGAAGAGAUGAAUGUUAAGCAUAAAGAUAAGCCAUUUGUUCUUUGUGAGUUAAAGAACAUCUUUGUAGAUCCAUAUAAAACACAGGGAGGACAUGGCCUUUGGAAAUACAGCUUGGUGCUUGGAAAGUUGAAUAUUAGUUUAAGCUAUUCCUCGAUACUCUCUAGUGCUCUGCUGGUUAAGCAGAUGCAAUGUUAUCAUCAGUUGGCUAUCAGUGUUGGAAGAAAGCAAAUUCCUUGCUCUUCAGGUGUUUUGGCAGAGAGUUCUAAAAUAGGAGGGGAGGAUGGGAUGGAGUUUUAUAUUAAUACAUUGAAAAUUGCAAUGCACAACUCAAUUCCUAAUAAAAAUAUUCAAAUUGGAGUAUUCAUUGCUGGUCCAAGUAUCCGGAUGUCAUCGCAGGACAUAUUAUUAGGUGUUAUUGAGCAGGAUUUCGGUUCUCCUAUUGCUCAAGGAAGUUACCAUUAUUGUUUUGAUGUUAAGAAUAUUGAAUUCGCUGUGUGGCCAACUUCUAAAUCUGUUGUUGCCCCAUUAACCGGGCAAUCAAUCUUUAAUGAAACUACAUUAGAAUAUCUUUGGCAAAAGGAUCCCCGUGUAGUAGAUAUUCCGAAACCUCACUCAAAUGAAAACUUUUUCUGUCGAGAGCAUAUUGCACUUGAUGCUUGCCUGAAGCUGAAUGGUCUAACUGUUGUUGUUGAUGAUCUGGAAUGGAACCAACAGUCUUCGAUUAUUGAGCCAAUGUCAAUAACACUUCAGUGGUCAACAUGCAGAGACUGUCUUCAUUCUCUUACUACAACAGAAAAUAUUUUUUCGAUGGCCGUGAAGGCAUUCACCUCUGAGGCUGCUGUUUUUCUCUACAUGGAUGAGCUAUGGACUUUUCUCCAGAUUUUUGAAGGCAUGUUUUCGUUGGUAUUACCUACCUGUGCUUGUUUUGAAACUACUACUAUUGGUUAUUCUCAAGAUUUUGUCACAAAGCUUGCGACUACAGCCAGAGAAGAUACAGAAAGAAACAUGGUCAAAUCAGAAGCUAAUACUGAAGCUAUGAUUAUUAAAAAUACAAAGAUUUUAGUUGAUGCCACUAUUGAGUUGGAGGUACUGGAUAUUGUUUUGAAUGAUUCUCGACGGAAAGCAAGCAGUGGGACUUCUAUGAACUUUAAUGGGGCUUCCAGUAGCAACACAAACUCGGGCAAGAAGUUAAAGAUUCUAGAAAUGCUAGAUUUGCCUGGAUUUGGUGUAGGAAUCUUCAUAAAAAGAUCUUGUGUACAGAUUUCUGGAGAAGGAAAUCAUUUGGACAUUCUAGUCGAUUUUCCAGGAAUGGAGUCUGUUAUCUUUAGUUUCCAGAGCAUGUUGAAAGCUUGUAAUGACAUCUCUAAAAUUAAGAGCUGGGUUGAGAAAUCCUCUGAUUAUUUCUAUCGGUUUUUCUUAUCUAAUUUCAUCUUUGGCAUUCGAACGGGAUUUGGUGGUGGAAAAUUAUCUUCUACAAAUGUCUUUGAUGUAACAAAUGGUUUUGAUUCUAGCAAUCAUGGAGCUUCUGCUACUAUUACUGAAGAAUGGAAGCCUGAAAUUAAUGCUCCUGAUCAUGCAUUGGAAGUGUGUCAUUUACGUAAUACAAGAAGUCCAAAGGAAGCUUCAAGCUGCUGUCUUCUUGUUGAUAUCCAACUUGGUGAGAUAUCUAUGUUGGGAUAUGGCAUGAGGCGGUUACCAGGAUCACAUCAAUCAAAUAAGCUAGAGAUUUCAAUUCAUUCUUGCAGAGAACUUCACACAGUCGAUUGGAAUAUCCAGGGUGGGAACAUCUAUCUUGAACCAUCAGCUUUGUCUAUGUUUGCCCACUGUUUCCAAGCUUAUUUUCUGCUGAUUUCAAAGCACCCAUCAGUAUUGUCAGUUAAUUCUAGAGAAUCAUUUGGAGAAGCUCAGUUGAGUAUAGAAAAGCCAAAUAACUUUUCCAGUGAGGAGCAUGUUCUUUCCACACCCACCGCCUCAUUAUCAGAAACUGGAAUGACAUUCAAUUUGAUCUUCCUUCAGGAUUUUGAUGUACAUUUCUCUCAAUUUGCUAUAUGUCUUGCUGGCAAUGAUGGAUCUGAGGAUGAAACACAAGGACUCAUAUUAGAAAUCGACAUGAGAUUAAAGCAUCUGACUUCUGAAAGAAAGCUCUCAUUUGAUUUACAUAGAUUAUCCAUCUUCACCCAACGCCUGCAUAAAUGCAUCUCACAUAAAUCAAUAGAUCGACCCAUGCCUCAUUUUCACCCCAGCACACUGGUUGCUUCUUCCUCUCAAGGAAGAUCCGGAAUUCGUAACUUUCCUUCUCAAGGUACUGAAAGUGUUCCUUCUCCACUUGAUGUACAGUCUAUGAAUUCUCCUGCUUUUGCGGAGGACUUGGUGGAGAAUGAUGCAUCUGGUUCUUCUUACCAUGUCACCUAUAUUUUAGAGCAUAUGGCUGCUUCUAUAAUGAUUGAGAAGAUUAUUUCAGCAAGCGAAGUGGGUUUUUUGCUAUUGAAGAGUGACUGGAUUGGAACGGGUUCUAUCUCUGGUGUUGAUUUGACAAUGACUUUGUAUGAAAUUAAGAUAAUUUCUUCACUGCUAGCAUCUUUAUCUGGGAUGUUUGGCAGCAAGGGAAGCCAGGGCAUUGUGAAGCGAAAUGUUGCCUCUAGAACGCAGGAAGGGAUUACUGAUCCAGAUCAUAAAAUUCCAGAUGGAGCAAUUGUGGCCAUUAAAGAUCUGCACGAGCACAUGUAUUUUGCAGUUGAAGCUGUUGAUGAUAAGUACCGUGUAAUUGGUGUGCUUCAUUAUACUCUUGUUGGUAAAAGGGCUUUAUUCAGAGUGAAAUACCAUAAGGGGUGGAGGUCACAACCAUCACAAAUUUCUUUAAUAUCAUUGUUUGCAAAAGAUAAUGAAGGUGAACCUCUGCGCUUGAACUACAGCCCUGGAUCUGGCUUUGUAGAAAUCUCUAGCAAUGAUGAUAAGAGGAAGGCUCUUUGGCAAAGAUUUCCUUUCAAGUCUAACAGUUUUGACUCUUUUGAGGAUGAUGAAGAAGUUAAAUCUUAUAACAGAGCUGCUGGGAGAGCUUUCCACCUGGUGAACCAGAAAAAUAAUUGUGGUAUUGCUUUUGUUGAUGGGCGGCCUGAGUUCGUUAAAAAGCCAGGGAAUCCACUGAAAGCUAAGGUAUUAAAUGAAGUGGCAAAUGACAGGAGACUGAACGUUUCUAGUGAUAGCUCUGUUGUCAUUUCAAAUAGUAAAGUUCAAGAAGAGUCAUCUCAUAUCGGAAAAGGCAGAUCAGGAUAUGGUAGUGAGCUCCCUCAUGUAAACAUUACCAUUAAUAAGGUGUCUUUAACCAUCUUUCAUGAGUUUUCAGAUACAAAUGGUAAAAUUCCUAUCAUAUGUGGAAGUAUCAACGAUGUGAGUAUCGUUGGGCAGAUCACCUCAUCUAAAUUCAGAAUCAUAAGCUCAUUCUUUGUUGCAAUUCAGUACAUGGAUGCACGAAGAAACGUUUGGAGGGACAUCAUUUCUCCUGUUGGUUCCAGCUUAUUUUUCUGUUCUAGAUUUAGAUUCCUUGAUAUAAUUAAUGCAUAUCAAGGAGCACCUGCUCAUUUAUUUUUCACCAUGAGGCAGGUAGAUUUGUCUCUGACAGAGAUUGUAGUUGACAUACUGCUUUAUUUGAUUGGGGAGUUGAAUAUUUCUGGUCCAUAUGCUGUGAGAACCUCAAUGAUUUUUCCUAACUGCUGCAAGCUAGAAAAUUAUUCAGGACUGGACCUUCUUAGUCACUUUCCUGACACUCAUGAUGUGAAACUUGCUGGGCAACAGUCUGCUUCCAUUUUUUUAAGGCAUGUAGCAACUGUUAUUCAUCAUCCAGAAAGUGAAAGCUUGGUAUCAAUAUGUCUCUCUCGACAGGGAUUAUUUUCAACCUCCCCUAUUAAUGUUUCAUUAUCAAAAGGGUGUUUUUUUGCAUGGAGGACAAGAGCAAUAUCCCUUCAUGAUUCAAGAAGCUUCCCUGGGCCAUUCAUCGUAGUUGAGGUUUCCCAAAAAACUGAGGAAGGAUUGUGCCUUCGUGUUUCUCCAUUGAUAAGGAUAUCAAAUGAAAGUGGAUUUUCUAUGGAAUUGUGUUUUCGGCGACCACAAGAAACAGGAGAAUAUGCUACUAUUCUUCUUGGGAGCGGGGACACGAUUGAUGAUUCUAUGGCAUCAUUUGAUGCUUUAGAAUUGUCUGGGGGCUCCAAACGAGCUUUAGUAUCUCUCACUCUUGGAAAUUUCCUAGUGUCUGCCAGACCAGAAAUUACUGAGAAUAUCGAAGCUAUUGGAGAAUCUGUUUCAGUAGAAUGGUCAGGAGAUCUGGAAGGUGGAAAGGCUCUAUGUAUGUCAGGAGUUUUUGAUCAGUUGAACUACACAUUCCGGAAAGCAUUUGGUGUUAAAUCAUUGAAGUCUUCCUUUAGCAUUUUGUGUUGCCCUGUUCUUGUUGAAGGGCGGCGUUUUACGGAUUUACAUUUUCUGGUUCAGACAAUUGGAAGAGACGUGCCUGUGAUGCAACCUCCAAAUAUGCAUGAUACAUCUGAGGUUGUGUUUUCACCUAUUGCAUUGCAAGUGCAAAAGGAAAUUUUUAUAUAUCCAACGAUUCAGGUUUACAAUUUCUUGCAACCAGAGAUACUUGUACAUGUAACAGAAAAUCACCCAGAUAAAUGCAUGACCAAGGACUACUAUAUGGGAAAGCAGGCAACUAUUCCUUGUGGAUCAAGUGCUUUUUUGUAUGCAAAUCCGGCAAGUAUGUACUUCACCGUCACAUUAACUGCAUAUAGCUCUAGGUGCAAGCCUGCGAGUAGUGCUGAAUGGGUUAAAAAGUUGCAAAAACAGAAAAGUGAGGAUCACUAUUUUGAUAUGGACUUGGAUUUUGGAGGUGGAAAGUACUUUGCUUUCUUAAGGUUAUCACGUUCAGACAAGGGUUUCUUGGAGGCGGUUAUUUUCUCACCAUAUACAUUUCAAAACAAUACUGACUUCCCCCUCUUUUGUUUUGCUGCCAAUCAAAAGCCUCUCCGCUGGGUAGAACUCCAGAAGUAUAGUUCAAACCUUCCUCCGGAACUUGGAUGUCUUUUACCUCCCAAGUCUUCUGCGUCAUGGUUUCUGAAUAGAUCUAGUAAAAUACAUCUCAAAGGGUUGGAAGAAAAAGGAUUGAUGUCAGUAGUUGACCUGGAUAUUUUGUCUGGCUUCACUGAAGUAUGUUUGGAGGCUCAGGAUGAUAUUGGGUUUAGUCGUAUGACAAAGCUGGGUGUGUCACUUCAACCAUUCGUGCAGAAAGCACAUGUCCCAACACAAAUUGUAUGCAUUGUCCCAAGAUACAUCAUUGCUAACGAGUCAAAGGAGCCCAUUUUCAUCAGGCAAUGUUACCUGCAGGAUAACUUGGAUGAAAUUACUCAAGUGGAUGUUCAACGAAGUGUACCAUUGCAGACGAGGAAAAUGAUACACAAAAGGCAAGAUAUAAGCAUCCUUGACUCCGUCCUUAAAAGGCAGAGAAAUAUGAACGAGAACUCGCAAGUCUUUAUUCAAUUUCGCCUAAAAGAUGUUGGAUUUAGUUGGUCUGGAGCAGUAUGUGUUGCUUCACUUGGUUGCUUUUUCUUGAAGUUUAAGAGAUCCUUAGCUACUUUAUCUGACCAAUCAGACUCAAGUCUCAAAGAAAAGAGAUCUACAGUCUUUGCUCGUAUUCAAGCUGUAGAAGAAUGCUCGAGUCUUAUUUUGCGCUUUUAUAUGCCAGUAAAUGCUGCUUUACCUUAUCGAAUUGAGAAUUGCUUGCGUGGGACACCAUUAAUAUACCAUCAAAAGGAUGCAGUAGAAUCUGAUACCUUGACGCCCGGAGAUUCUGUUGAUUAUGUUUGGGAUGACAUUAAUCUACCACACAAGCUGAUUUUAUUUUUCAUAGAUUUUCACCUAGUUCGUGAAAUAAAUAUUGAUAAGAUUUGUUCAUGGAAACCAUUAUUUAAAAUGCGGCAACAGAAGGGCAUGGUUAUACAUUUCCCAUCAGUUACGGGAUUCAGAGUUGAAAAGAGAACUGAAGAAUUGCACGGGUUGGAAGUGUUUAAGUUGGGAUAUCAGGUUUAUGCUGAUGGUCCUACCAGGGUCUUACGAAUUUGUGAGCGUGCUGAUAGUUACAAGGAAGAGAAGGUGCUUCAACCUUGUAUCAGUUUCCAGUUUAAGGUUUCUAAUUUUGCAAUACACCUAUUUGAAAAAAGCAAACAGGAUGUUGAUGAAAGUGAGCUGCCAACUUGUUCGACGUUUCUAGUUGCAAGGCUUGCGAAUAUUGCUUUGGACUCUUUGGUUACGGAUCAGUUAAGAUAUUACUUCAUAGGCAUUCAGAUGCUGAAUAUUGAUGAAAAAUGGCAAGGAGCCCCAUUUGCAUCCAUGAUUCGAAGAAGUCAAAUGCAUGAUUCUGGGUCCAAUGAGAACAUUCUUCAGAUUGUAUUUGUUCUCAAGUCGUCCAACUCAAAUGUUAAAGAAGUCAAGUAUUCCUCUAUUAUAUUACAACCAAUUGAUUUAAAAGUUGAUGAGGAGACAUUAAUGAAGCUCGUUGCAUUUUGGAGACAGUCCCUCAGCACCUCUAGAGCACAGAGCCAGCAAUUCUACUUCAAGCACUUUGAGAUACAUCCGAUUAAGAUCACAGCAAGCUUUCUUCCUGGCAAUCCAUAUUCCAGUUAUAGCUCUGCUCAGGAAACUUUGAGGUCUUUGUUUCACAGCGUUAUAAAGGUGCCUGCUGUAAACAACAAAAUUGUGGAGCUAAAUGGGAUUCUUCUUACUCAUGCUUUUGUAACAUCUCACGAGUUGCUUAUAAAAUGUGCACAACAUUAUUCAUGGUAUAUUGUUAGGGCUAUCUACAUAGCAAAAGGAAGCCCAUUGCUACCACCUGCCUUUGCCUCAAUAUUUGAUGAUAUUGCCUCAUCCUCUCUUGAUGUGUUCUUUGAUCCUUCAGAUGGCUCAAUUAGUCUCCCAGGACUUACCUUAGGUACGUUCAAAUUCAUUAGCAAAUGCAUUGACUCGAAGGGCUUCUCAGGAACAAAGCGCUAUUUUGGUGAUUUGGGAAAAAUAAUAAGAAUAGCAGGUUCCAAUGUUAUAUUUGCUGCUGUCACUGAAAUUUCAGAUAGUAUACUGAAAGGAGCAGAAGCAAGUGGUUUUAAUGGAAUGGUUAAUGGUUUCCACCAAGGAAUUCUAAGGUUAGCAAUGGAGCCUUCCCUGUUAGGGUCUGCUGUUUUGGAGGGUGGUCCAGACAGAAAAAUUAAGCUUGACCGCAGUCCUGGAGUUGAUGAGCUAUAUAUUGAAGGAUACCUACAGGCUAUGCUGGACGUUAUGUACAAACAAGAAUAUCUGCGUGUUAGGGUGAUAGACAACCUGGUUGUCCUCAAAAACCUACCACCGAAUAGUUUUGUCAUAAAUGAAAUCGUGGAAAACGUGAGGAGCUUUCUUAUUAGCAAGGCCCUGUUGAAAGGAGAUCCUUCCAUGGUUUCUCGUCCACUGCGGCACCUGCGAGCUGAAAGUGAGUGGAGGAUCGGGCCAACAGUGCUUACUUUGUGUGAACACCUGUUUGUUAGUUUCACAAUUCGAAUGAUGAGGAAACAUGCCGAUAGAUUCACUAUUGGAAUCAAAUGGAACUGGAAUGCCAGAGAUGGAGGAGACGCAUCUUCAGGUGGGAGCCAGCAAAACUCUAGUAAGAAAUGGGCCGUUGGUAAGUUCGUCUUUUCAGGUAUGAUUGCUUAUUUGGAUGGGAGACUUUGCCGUCAUAUACCCAAUCCGAUUGCAAGACGGAUUGUGAGCGGGUUCUUGUUAAGUUACCUUGAUAACAAACAAGGCUAGUGAACUUGUAGGUCAACGUGUAACUUCAGCAUGGAAAUCUGCUGCAUGUAUA